AUGGUUCCCUCUCAAUACAAACUUGUCUUCCGGGUGCCCCCCUCGCACCUGGAGCCCUGCAAACAAGCAGUCUUCGCCGCUGGAGCAGGUGCCUACCCUGGAGGAAUGUACGACCAAGUUUGCUUCGAGGUGCUGGGGAUGGACCAGUUCCGACCAACAGAUAAAUCAACACCCUUCCUUGGCAAACCCGGUCAGCUCGAACGCGUCGCCGAGUAUCGAGUCGAGACAUUGUGUGUCGGCGAGGAUGUGAUGCGUAAUUCGGUCAAAGCGUUGCGAAAAGUUCACCCCUACGAGCAAAUCGUGAUUGAAGUCGUGCAGCUUGUCGAUAUUGAAGGGAGCGACUUUUACUAA